GUCGCAACAGUAACAGAAGCAGCCACUCUGAGGUGGUUGAUAGCUUUAGAUACGGCAGGCGCACGAUCAGGCCCUAAUGUGCAUCUUCUAGCAAUCCAUCCGCUUCUCGACUUCGCCGCCGACUGCAGAAGGCCUCGAGCCUACACGGACUGCUUCUUCCAUCCCAUCACCAAUCGUCCUUCUUUAUCAUGGCAGACGGGAAUGGUGUCCCUCAGAUUCCAGGCCUUCAGCCUCCCCAAGAGAUAGUCUACCACCUGCGUGAACUCAUCGCCAAUGUCCUCGGGCGCGGACCCACGUCGUUCCCCGGCGCACAGCCUGUUUCCUUCGCACGCGCGCAUCUACAAGAGCUGAGGAAGGAAAACUACUUCAUGUGCGAAAAAACAGACGGAAUAAGAUGCCUCCUUUGGCUUGAUGAGGACUCGGAAGGCGGCGAGUCAUGCUAUCUCAUCGACCGCAAGAACGACUACUACUACCUAGAGGGCGCGCAUUUCCCCAGGAGUGGAGAUCCGACAUUCGAGAAGUUCCAUCAGCAAACUCUCCUCGACGGCGAGCUGGUAUAUGAUGCUGUAAAGACACCACAGGGUAUCGAGAAACGGCUUCGAUUCCUGGUCUUCGACAUUCUCGUCCUCGAGAAAGAGAGCAUCAUGCACAAGCCACUCAGCGGGCGCCUUGGCCGUCUGCGCGACUAUGUCACAAACCCAUACAACGACUGGCUUAAACGCUACCCAGAGGCAUUAUCCACGCAGCCAUUCGAACUAAAAGCAAAGGGCAUGGAGUUUCCAUACGCCAUGGGCGUGAUGUUCAACGAAAAACUACCCAACCUUGAGCAUGGCAACGACGGCCUCAUCUUCACAUGCUGCAACACAAGCUACAAACACGGUACCGAUGAAAACAUUAUAAAAUGGAAGCCGCCGCACGAGAAUACAAUCGACUUCCGCCUCGACCUCCAACAGUUCCCCAUGAUCGACCCUGAAGACGGCGAGGACGGCAUGAUCCCAGACUACGAUGCCAUUCCUACCUUCAGCCUUCUCAUUGGCGAAUCUGCCAAUAAAUUCUCUGAAUUCGGAACCCUGCACCUCGAGCCUGAUGAAUGGGAGUCUAUGAAGAAACUAAAGCAAGUGCUCGAUGGGCGUAUCAUCGAAUGCUGGCGCGACGACAAGGGACGAUGGCGCUUCAAGCGCGAACCAGACGGUAGUCCGCGGUUCCGAGACGAUAAAGACGCGCCGAAUCAUAUCAGUACGGCGCACAAGGUGAUGGCGAGUAUACGAGAUGGUGUCACGGAAAUGGACCUACUGAAGGCGGAAACGGAUAUUCGGAGGGAGUGGAAGGCAAGGGCUGAGCGGAAGAAGAGGGAAGAAGAGGCUGCGAGGCAUGCGCAUGCUCAUGCAAGAAAACAUUCGUUGCAGAGAGAGGAGAGUGAGGCGAAGAGAAUAAAGACUGAGGCAUAGGCGCGGCUGGCUCGCUAGCACUACGCACAACAUAUGUACUAAUGAUACCCCAGGCAAUGUCAGAAGGCGUUUUGGAAAUUUUCGACUGUUUGGAUAGGCGAAAUCCAUAUGUCGCGUAGCUCCGCAGUAUUAUGUACAAUGCUUGAUCUGUAAU